ACUAAAUUACUCUAUAUGUCUAAACUACGCACUCUCGCAAACGAUCCCCUUCACCACUCUCUCUCUCACUACUACUGCAACAUCUCUCUCUCUCUCUAGAUUCUAUUGACGACGGGGCCGGGAGGAAUCAAUCAAUCAAUUGAUCGAUGGGGGACUCUGGUGAUAAUAAUUAUACUAAUAAUAAUAGUAAUAAGACGGAGGAGGAGACAAGGGUGUCGGAAGAGGUUUCUAGAGUGGUGGAGUCGGUGAAAUUGUUGCACGACUCAGCCGCCUCCUUUAUUUCGGCAUCCUCACGCGAAGAAGACGCCCUCCGACAGCGAGCCCUCGCCCUCAAUUCCACUAUUCGCACACUCCGUCCUUCCAUUGCCAACUUGGAUUCCAAACACUCCGAUAAGCUGGAAGAAGCACUAUGCCGGGCUAGCUACAUAUUGAAUGAGGGAGAUACGGCUGCCUUUAUUCCUAAUAAAUUUACUGGGCGGUUCUUGCGCAUGUUUCUUGGUCCAAUUAAUGUACGUGCCACUAGGAAAGAUGUUAAAUUGAAAGUAAAGGAGGAGUACAAUAGCUUUAGGGAUAGAACUGCAUUUCUGUUUCUGUUUUUCCCAUCACUGUUACUUGUAUUACGGUCAUGGAUAUGGAGCGGAUGCUUACCUGCAUUGCCUGUUCAGCUUUACCAGGCCUGGUUGUUAUUUCUCUAUACGGGUUUGGCUUUGCGAGAGAACAUACUUCGAGUGAAUGGAAGUGAUAUUCGCCCAUGGUGGAUAUACCAUCACUACUUUGCUAUGGCUAUGGCGCUUAUCAGUCUCACUUGGGAGAUAGAAAGAGAACCUAAUUGUGCCCAGAAGCAGAAAGGGGUACAACUGUUCCUGCAAUGGGCUAUCAUGCAAGGCGUUGCAAUGCUACUACAAAAUAGAUAUCAACGGCAAAGACUCUACACACGUAUUGCAAUGGGCAAGGCUAGGAUAAUGGAUGUUGUUUGGGGAGAAACUGCUGGAGUCGAAGGUCAACUAUGGCUUCUUGCACCCAUUCUUUUUAUCUUGCAGGGUUUCGAAGCAUAUGUAGGGAUGUUGCUGCUUAAAGCUGCACUGGUUGGUGUUAUUUCAGAGUGGCAGGUAAUAACAAGUGGGAUUCUUUUGAUUAUCAUGGCAGUUGGGAACUUCUUAAACACGGUGCAGAUCCUAGGGGCAAAGUCUCGGUUUAAAGCCAGAAUGAAGAAAAGUAAAAGUAAGCCAGAACUAGGAUCCCAUACAUUAUAAUUAAUGAUUUUGGGAAGACCUUGUGCUCAUUGAAUUGAGGAUAUGUGGGAAUGGUCACAGGCAAUUUAUUUCUUAAACGUUCCUACUUGUAUUUUGACCUUUAUUUAGCAGACCAUCAACUGUGUUGCAACUGACUUUAGUGUGUAAAAUAGAGCUGGGUACAAUUGUACUGAAAAGUUGUCAUUCAUCUGGUUUUGCAUUCGAUAAUGAUAAGGAUUGUGCUUUCUGGUGAA